AUGUCAGGGUACAGCUGUCACACUAGUGAGGAGCAGAAAAAACUGAGCAAGUCUGAGACACAGGAAUGCCCUGUGGCUGCCCUUGAAAACCCACUCCCUGAGGCAGAAGAUGAAGAACUGGAGUGGAAAUGCACCAAUGUACUUGACAGUUUGAAGUUCACAGCCAGUGAGAGUGAGUCAGAGGAUGAGCUUGAACAUGAUGAUGCCACAUUCCAGGUCAUGGGUGUUGGUGAGGCUGAUCUCUGUGCUCAGUUGGUCAACCUUGCCAUUAAUGCUGGUGAUGACCCUCUUGGGUCAAUAACAUGUUACCACUACUCUAAGUACCACAUUCAAUCUGGCCAAAAUUUUGGCCACCCUAAAAAGUCAUGGGAAAAACUUUGGACCACUGUUUUUUGA